AUGGAGAGACCACCGAUAGGGCCCGGGGGCGGGAAGUGUCCCACGGGGAAGCCCCCGACAGAGGUGCUGGAUGAGGACCGGCGGUCUGUAAGCGCUGUGGACUACUACUUCAUCCAGGAGGACGGAAGCCGCUUCAAGGUGGCCCUGCCCUACAAGCCCUACUUCUACAUCGCCACCCAGAAGGGCUGCGAGCGAGAGGUGACCUCCUUCCUCUCCAAGAAGUUCCAAGGGAAGAUUGCAAGGCUGGAAACUGUUCCCAAAGAAGACUUGGACCUGCCAAACCACUUGGUGGGCCUUAAGAGAAACUACAUCAAGCUGUCCUUCAACACAGUGGAUGACUUGGUGAAGGUGCGGAAGGAGAUCUCUCCUGCUGUGAGGAAAAACAGGGAGCGAGACCAGGCUAACGAUGUCUACACGGCCAUGCUGUCGAGCGCUCUGAGUGGAGGCAGCCUGAGCACAGAUGAGGAAGGGGCCUCCAGGAAGGUUGCCAGCCAGAUGGACAACAUCGUGGAUAUGCGGGAGUAUGACGUACCGUACCACGUCCGCCUGUCCAUUGACCUGAAGAUCCACGUGGCUCACUGGUACAACGUGCGAUAUCGGGGCAGCACCUACCCCCCUGAAAUCACCCGCCGAGAUGACCUUGUGGAGCGACCGGAUCCUGUCGUUCUUGCCUUUGACAUUGAAACUACAAAACUCCCUUUGAAGUUUCCUGAUGCGGAGACAGACCAGAUCAUGAUGAUCUCCUACAUGAUUGAUGGGCAGGGUUACCUGAUCACAAAUAGGGAGAUCGUCUCUGAGGAUAUUGAAGACUUUGAGUUUACUCCCAAGCCGGAGUAUGAGGGUCCGUUUUGUGUCUUUAAUGAACCAGAUGAAGCUCAUUUAAUCCAGAGGUGGUUUGAACAUGUCCAGGAGACCAAACCCACCAUCAUUGUUACAUACAAUGGAGACUUCUUUGACUGGCCCUUCGUGGAAGCAAGAGCAGCAGCUCAUGGAAUUGAUAUGUAUCAGGAAAUUGGGUUUCAGAAGGACAGCCAAGGAGAGUACAAAGCAUCCCAGUGCAUCCACAUGGAUUGUCUAAGGUGGGUGAAGAGAGACAGUUACCUGCCAGUGGGAAGUCACAACCUGAAAGCAGCAGCUAAAGCAAAGCUGGGUUACGACCCAGUGGAGCUGGACCCUGAAGAGAUGUGCCGGAUGGCCACAGAGGAGCCUCAGACCCUGGCCACCUAUUCAGUGUCUGAUGCAGUUGCUACCUAUUACAUGUAUAUGAAGUAUGUGCAUCCUUUCAUUUUUGCCUUGUGCACCAUCAUUCCCAUGGAGCCUGAUGAGGUGUUAAGAAAAGGAUCUGGGACACUGUGCGAGGCACUGCUGAUGGUUCAGGCCUAUCAUGCCAACAUCAUCUUCCCCAACAAGCAGGAGCAGGAAUUCAACAAACUGACAGAAGAUGGCCACGUGCUGGACUCGGAGACAUACGUGGGAGGCCAUGUCGAAGCGCUGGAAUCUGGGGUCUUCCGCAGUGACAUCCCCUGCCGCUUCAAAAUGAACCCUGCUGCCUUCGACUUCCUGGUGCAGCAUGUGGAGAAGACUCUGCGGCAUGCCAUUGAGGAGGAGGAGGGUUUGCCAUUGGACCAAGUCACCAACUUCCAGGAGGUUUGUGAUGAAAUCAAGGUCAAACUGAAUUCCCUGAAGGAUGUUCCAAACAGAAUUGAGUGUCCCCUUAUCUACCAUCUAGAUGUGGGGGCCAUGUACCCCAACAUAAUUCUGACCAACAGGUUACAGCCCUCAGCCAUGGUGGAUGAGGCCACGUGUGCCGCCUGCGACUUCAACAAGCCAGGUGCCAACUGUCAGCGCCGGAUGACUUGGCAGUGGAGAGGAGAGUUCAUGCCCGCCAGCCGCAGCGAGUACCACCGUAUCCAGCAGCAGCUGGAAUCGGAGAAGUUCCCUCCCCUGUCCCCCGAGGGAGCACCCCGCGCCUUCCAUGAGCUCUCCCGGGAAGAACAGGCCAAGUACGAGAAAAAGCGGCUGGCAGAUUACUGCCGCAAGGCGUACAAGAAGAUCCACGCCACCAAGGUGGAGGAACGAGUUACCACCAUCUGCCAGCGGGAGAACUCUUUCUACGUGGACACAGUCCGAGCUUUCAGGGACCGCCGCUACGAGUUCAAGGGGCUGCACAAGGUACUGAGCUCAACUUCUGGU